AUGGGAGACCUUUUUUCUUUGUUUUGGGAAGCUGAUCAACCUCCCAAACCUUUAACUUUUUACCUUCCCGACCAGGAGAACGAAUGCCAAAAAGAUGACUCUUGUGGGACAAUAGGGAGCUUCCUGCUUUGGUAUUUUAUCAUCAUCUUUGUCCUGAUGUUUUUCUCUAGGACUUCUGCCUGGAUGUCUGAGAAAAGCCAAAGAGGAGAAGACAGUGGGACAAGCACUUCAGUAAGCAAAGAUAGCAACGAGGCUUCCUUUAAGCCGCACAGCAAAAAUGUUGUCUGGGACUCUCUGAAAGCGAUGAAGAAAGGCAAGCAUAUCCAACUGACUCCGGUCACUGGCUCCGAAGUGGCUUUGGUGAAUGCCUACCUUGAGCGCAGACGAGCCAGGUGCCACCCUCAAUUCGACCAGAGCGAUCAGCUGCCUACGGGCAGUGACACUACUGACGGCGACAGUGAAGACACAAACUCAGGAUCCUCCUCGUGGAAGGAGAGCGCACGUGAACACCAGCCAUCGCCGGCCAGUGUCAAGAGAAGAACCGUGCAGAGGCGGAAGGGAAGUCAUUCUACCCGGGAAAAGGCCUGCCUCCACUGUAAGGCCCUCAGAACCAAUGAGUGGUUGGCACGCCAUUUCCUGACCGAUUCUUCAGCAACAACCCCCAAGAAGGGAGGGAUGCCAGAGGAAACUUCCAUCGUUGACAUUAGCACCAAAUUCAGUAAAAUCUGA